UGAGCCGGGCGCGCUUGAGCUGCGGGAAAGAGAAUUCAUUUUCGUAGAGGAUUGAGGUGAAAGAAGAUAGCCGGUUUUGCUGAUUCUCCUGAAGAAAGAAACAUUUCUUGACGCAGACGGCGAGGCCGUCGGAAUGUUCGUGGCGCGCAGCAUUGCGGCUGAUCACCGCGACCUCAUCCAUGAUGUUUCCUUUGACUUCCAUGGGCGGCGCAUGGCGACUUGCUCUAGUGACCAGAGUGUUAAGGUUUGGGACAAAGGUGAAAAUGGAGAAUGGCAUUGUACUGCCAGUUGGAAGACACACAGUGGAUCUGUGUGGCGUGUGACAUGGGCACAUCCGGAAUUUGGACAAGUCUUGGCUUCUUGCUCUUUUGACAGAACAGCUGCUGUUUGGGAAGAAAUAGUAGGGGAAUCAAAUGAUAAACUUCGGGGGCAAAGUCACUGGGUAAAGAGGACUACGUUGGUUGAUAGCAGGACAUCAGUUACAGAUGUCAAGUUUGCUCCUAAACAUGUGGGUCUCAUGUUAGCAACAUGCUCAGCAGAUGGAGUUGUUAGAGUAUACGAAGCUCCGGAUGUUAUGAAUCUCAGUCAGUGGUCACUUCAGCAUGAAAUUUCAUGCAAACUAAGCUGCAGUUGUAUUUCUUGGAACCCUUCAAGUUCUCGUGCUCAUGCUCCUAUGAUAGCCGUAGGAAGUGAUGAUGGUAGUCCUAAUAUACUGGCUAAAGUGCAGAUAUAUGAAUAUAACGAAAAUACCAGGAAGUAUGCAAAGGUGGAAACUCUGAUGACAGUCACAGAUCCUGUUCAUGAUAUUGCAUUUGCUCCAAACCUUGGAAGGUCCUUCCAUAUAUUGGCAGUAGCUACCAAAGAUGUACGAAUUUUCACAUUAAAACCGCUAAGAAAAGAACUGAGUACUUCAUCUGGAUUGACAAAAUUUGAGGUUCAGUUAGUGGCCCAGUUUGAUAAUCACAAUUCCCAAGUCUGGCGUGUAAGCUGGAAUAUUACUGGCACAGUACUUGCAUCUUCAGGUGAUGAUGGAUGUGUAAGGCUUUGGAAGGCUAAUUACAUGGAUAACUGGAAGUGCACUGGAAUACUGAAAGGCAAUGGAAGUCCAGUGAAUGCUAGCUCCAUGCAGCAGGGAGUUUUUAAUGCUCCUGUUGGCACAGCAACUACAACCCUCCAGAAUUCAGUCAAUGGAACAUCUGUUGGCAGAAAGCACAGCUGAUACCAAGCUAACUGGAGUAACUUUGCUGUUUUACUGCUUGUUGCAUGCACACAGGAAUGGAAAGCGAUAUUUUUCCCCUCCCCAUCGCCGUUUGACCUCUUCCAAAGACACCAGCAAUCUGUCUACUACUAAAUGCAAAUCAAAACACUCUUUUAAAAUAUGCUAUAUAUGUACUCUACUAGCCAGCACAGUAUGAUCUUGUUGGAAUCUGUAACAAAAAAAAAGUAAUAGGAAGAGCCCAAUUAUGGAUUCCACUUCUUCCCCUCAAAAAUACACAUUGCAGGAGAAAGAUGGAAUUCACUAAUGUAAAGAGGGUUAUUGUCCUUGCAUUCUAAGGUUGUUAGGAGAUAAAUCCUUAAUGUAAAGCAAUUGAAGUAACUGUUUUUCAUUAAAAUGUUUUGAACAUUUUAACUUUGUUUGGCAUUUUAGACUCUUAACAAUUACAGUUUUGUGAAUGGAUUUGUAAUACACAACAUAACUAGUCGUAAACAAUGUGGGCACGUUGUAAUUUGGCAGCUGUAGAGUUGGUAUCAAAUUAUUUUGGUAUUGUUUCAGAACUACUACUUCAGAUGAAAAUCACAAAACUAUUAGUAACAUACUUUUAGUUGUCUUGAUAGGAAUGAUCAUACCUGAUAUUUGCAUGUUCCAGUGGCAUGAUUCCAUGCAAUAAUUAGUAAGAUUUCCUCUUACUGGUUUUGUGGUGGAAAUCUAUUCCAAGUGAAUGUUUGUUCUAUGGUAUUAUUAAUUUGGUAUGGGAAUUAGUAUCUUUUGGUCCCAACCAGUUCCUGCAUUGCAGAGUAUUUACACCCUGCUCUGUGCAGUGCAGUUGUUUACUUGAAAUAAACUGAAGUGGUGUCCUAGUGCAAACAUUCAGUUAAUGCCUUGUUUUAUAUAGUGGCAUGUCAGUGUGGCUUUAAAUAUAUGUCUUCUCUCAAAAUUUACUAACUUUACUAUUCUGUUCUGUAAAUUUAUGUACAUUUCCAAAGAUUAUAAAGAUUACAAAGUUUUCUUCUAUUACGGGUAAGUCAUAAGAAAUGACAGAAGUCUUUGGUUAUCUCGUGUUUUCUCCAGAGAGAUGUUUUUAAGCACACAGACCGUUAUUGCAAUGGAAAAAGAAUAACUCUGUAUAUAGUGAAAAUCUAACAUUGUAAAAACAGUUUAUCUUUAAGUCUGAUUUAUUCAUCUGAGUAGAGUUAAUCUAAAUUGGAUGCAAAUGCAGCAGACCAAUGUGCAUAAAUAAUUUGUGCCUGUGUUUCUGUAAUUAUAUUAAAACAGUGGUUAAUAGCAUCAUUUGUAGGAAUAAGUGAGAAGAUAUGUGAUAGUUCAGAAACAGUUAACUCACAUGUAAUUUAUUCAUUUUACAAUGAACAUAAGGCAUAUUUUCUGUUGUCUCCUAUGAUCAUUUUCCUUCAGAAUAGUUUCCAGACUUUAAAAACUGAUUGUAAUUUGAGCUAAGAACUUGAUUUUGGUCCUUUCAUUUUUGUCCCAGCACGUGUCUCUCCUCUCUGGUUCUUGUAUUUACUACUAUUCUUUCUGUUUUUCCCUUCUGUGUGGUGUUCCUGUCUGAAUUGUUUUCAGGUAUUUUUUUCCCCCUCUGGAUUCCCCAUGGGCUGGAUCAAGAUGGUCCAGUUAUGCCCAGCUCUUACCACCACCACCACCUCCUCCUCCUCCUCCUCUUCCUCCUCUGAUAGAGCACUCUUGCGAUGCUGACACUGCCAAUCUCCAAUCUCCUCACCCUCGCAGACGAUAUGUCUCUCGACCUCUUAAUCUCUUACGUGAACACGAAGGGGUUUAAUGCAUAUUUAAAGCUGUAUUAAAGGCCUUACUCACAUGCUUAAAAAACACAUUUCUCUUGGCUGUUUGAUUUUUUUACAUUUUUUUCCAGCCAGAAUUCAGAGUGGGUUUUUAAAGGUAUGAUCUGUAAUGCAGACUAUAGUAUUUUGAAUCUACUAUGUUUAGUUCUUCUGCAGAUAAUAAAUACUAGUUCUCUACUAUUAAAUUACUCUCAAUCUAAUGCAGUAUUCAGGAUAAAUUAUGUGAAACAGAGUAUUUUAUCAUUUAAAAAUAUUCAAUUUGUUGUAAUCUGUUAAUAUUCUCCUUGCAUUGCAUGUUGUGUUUGGAAAUAAUUUCUUAAAAUGGAAUGCAGAUUGCAAGAAAACUGCCCAUUAGUGUAGAAGUGAAAAAAAAAACCGUUAUGUUUUUUAACAUAAGAAUCAAUCUUUUAGCUCAUCAGAUUCCUUAGCCUUUUUCCAUCCCUGGCAAUUUCCUGAAAGAGAGUUCAAAAAUAAACUGUUUGUAUGCAUCCCUACAACAAAAUAGGAAUAUUUGUUAUUUCUGCAAAUUGGUUCAUUUAUAAUUACAUCCACUACAGUUAUAUGAAAAUAAGUCAAUAAAACAUUGAGAAAGUA